ACUUAGAUUUGGGGGAAGUCCCACGACAUGUUCAUUCUUAAUAAGAGGCAGGGAGGUUUUACGGAUCUCCAAAUCACCAACCUCCUUAAUUUCUAGGGAGCGAGUGAAAUUCAUUGAGUGAAAUUCAGGAGCUUUCAAUUCCAUAGAGAGAAAGGGUUUCAGUUGAAAUCCAGAGAGAGAGAGGGCUCCAGUUGACCUAUCUCUUUGCAAAUUUGAUGACGGUGACCAAGUAAUCCCGCUUUAGAGGGGCAUCAGAAUUUUUGAACCUUGAAAGAUUAUCAAAUCAGGAGACUAUGAAGAUCUGAAAGCUGAUUAAUCUCUUCUGCUGCUCAUUUUCUUAACUACUCUGGCUGCUGGUUCUGGUAUGGGAGCUGAAGAAUUACACAAAGUGGCUCCUGGUGGAGUUUGCAUCUCAGAAGUUGUGUAUGAUAGUUGGUUUCGACUCCCUAUAGCUGGUUUGCGCCCAUCAGCUCGUUACAAGCAAGCUGCAGAAGUCACUCAUGGUAAGCUCUAUGUAAUUGGAGGGAGUCGCAAUGGUCGUUAUCUGUCUGAUAUUCAGGUUUUCAAUCUUGAAACUUUGACAUGGUCGGUGGUGAAACCAGUCUUGGAUCAAGAUCCAGAUAGCUCAAAGGAUGAUGUCACAAGUGAGUGUGUACUCGCUUCAUCUGGGCAUAGUAUGAUUAGAUGGGAAAACAAACUUCUAGUUGUUGCUGGACAUACGAAGGACUUGGCUGAUACUGUAACAGUUCGAUCACUCGACAUGGAGACCAACUGCUGGACUGUUAUAAAGACCCAUGGAAAAGCUCCGAUAGCUCGCGGAGGCCAGUCUGUAACUCGUUUUGGCUCAAGCUUAAUCAUGUUUGGUGGGGAAGAUCCUAGAAGGCGCCUCUUGAAUGAUAUUCAUGUUCUUGAUGUGAACACAAUGACAUGGGAAGCUGUUAAAACCCUGGGAGCACCUCCAGCACCAAGAUAUGAUCAUGUAGCUGCACUGCAUGCUCAACGAUACCUUUUGAUUUUUGGUGGUGGUUCACAUUCAACGUGUUUCAAUGACCUUCAUGUGUUGGAUCUGCAGACUAUGGAGUGGUCUAUACCUCAAACUCAAGGGGAAGUAGUCAGUGCUAGGGCAGGCCAUGCUGGUGCUGUCAUUGGAGAAAACUGGUAUAUUGCUGGUGGAGGGGAUAAUAACAAGGGUGCAUCUGAGACUCUUGUGUUAAAUAUGUCAAGACUUGUUUGGUCAGUGUUGGCAACUGUAAAGGAGCGUGAUCCCAUUGCCAGCGAGGGUCUCAGCCUUACCUCAGCCACCAUACAUGGUGAGAAACUCCUUGUUGCAUUUGGGGGCUACAAUGGAAUGUAUAACAAUGAGGUACUCAUCUUGAAACCUAAGCUGAAAGAAGCCUCCCAGCCAAAGAUUUUUCAGUCUCCUGCAGCAGCAGCCGCUGCAGCAUCAGUAACUGCUGCUUAUGCCUUGAAUAGUGGAACAAGCAAAAUAUUGGAACCUGAAAGCAUUGGGAAUGAAGUUAAUUUGGAAGCAUUCUUGUCUGGCAGCUCUGAACGGCAGGUGGCUGUUGAAACUGAUUCACUCUUAGAAAGAAAGCAUACAUUGGAAUCAAACCUCACGGCCAUAAAAGCUGAGAAUGCCAGGCUUAAAGAAAACAUUUCUGAAAUGAACGAGAUGCAUGCCGAACUAUAUAAGGAGCUGAGUUCUGUUCAAGAGCAACUAGAAACAGAGAGGUCAAGGUGUUUUGAACUCGAGGUUCACAUUGCGGAUUUGAGGAAAAGGAUGGAGUCAAUGGAUUCUCUACAUCAUGAGUUCCAAAUGCUUCAGCAACAGAAAGCUGGGCCCCAACAAGUUCUGAAUGACAAGAGUUCAGAGCCUACACAGGGACAAAAAUCAGGGCGUGGUGUUUGGCAUUGGAUUUCUGCGGCGCCUGCUACGCCAAAUGAUAAUUUGAGACAUUACAUGGGAUGACACUGGUUGCCAAACCCAUGUCUUAACAAGCUAUGCGAAUAUUGAACUUUGGUAUCUUGUCUUAAUUUAAUUGGUCCUGGCAUAUGUGGAGAACGAUUUUUGCCUUUCGAAAUUGUGAGAACUCAUUUGUUUUGGAGGAAUGCAAACUCUCUAGUGGCGAACAUGCGAACAGGUAUCAUUUGUGAACGGGCACAUUUGUUUUGGAGUAAUGCUAAGUCUCUUGGUGUCUAACAUGCAAAUACGUGUAAUAAAUGAAAGGUGGCAAUGUAGUUCUAGUCAAUUA